AAGUGAAAAAAUGGCGAAGAGGGAGGUUUGAAGUUCAGCGCCACGAAAUCAAAGCGAGAGACCGUGAGCUGUCUGUCUGCCAGCCUGCCAGCCUGUCUGCCUCUCCGCCUGUCUGUCAGCCAGCCUGUCUGCCUGCCUGCCUGCCUAUCUGUCUGCCUCUCCGCCUGUCUGUCCGCCAGCCUGUCUGUCUGCGGCUCGGGGACCGGAGGAGCACUCACCGGAGAAGGAGGAUGCUGGAGGAUCUGAUUGGAGCGUUCUGUGACCUGGAGCCUCAGGUGUCUCCUGGGGGCGGGGCCUGUCAGAGGGGGCGAGGCCUGAUGGAGGGGGCGGAGUCUAGUCUGAGCGUCGGACAGUUCGUCCUCUGUCAUUGGUCAGAUGGGCUCUACUACCUGGGCAAGAUACAGAGGGUGAGCUCCCCCCGGCUGAGCUGCUUCGUCACGUUUGAAGACAACUCAAAGUUCUGGGUCCUCUGGAAGGACAUCCAACACGCUGGCGUGCCGGGGGAGGAGCCUAGCUGCUCCGUGUGUCAGGAGGCGGAGUCACACUCUGACAGCCAAUCAGAAAACAGGAUCCUCAUCUGUGGGAAGUGUGGCAUCGGUUUCCACCAGCAGUGCCAUGUCCCUCCUGUGGGAGACAGCAGCCCCCCCCCCUGGUUCUGUAGACGCUGUGUGUUUGCGCUGGCUGUCCGGAAAGGAGGCGCUCUGAAGAAAGGCCCUCUGGCUCGGUCUCUUGUGAUCAUGAAGCAGGUGCUUCUUUAUUCUCUGGACUCUCUGGACUGGGACUCUCAGCACCGAACCAACCAGCAGCAGGUCUACUGUUACUGUGGGGGCCCUGGAGAGUGGUCCCUGAGGAUGCUGCAGUGCUUCAGGUGUCAGCAGUGGUUCCAUGAGGCCUGUACCCAGUGUCUACAGGAGGACAUGUUGUUUGGAGACAGGUUCUACCUGUUCCUGUGUGCAGUGUGUGGGCGGGGCUCAGAGUGUGUGCGGCGCCUCCCCCUCCGCUGGGUGGACCUGGUCCAGCUGGUCCUCUACAACCUGUCUCUCAGCAGCAAGAAGAAGUACUUUGAGCUGGAAGAGAUCCUGGUCUUCAUCAACCAGCACUGGGAUCACCUGCAGCUGGGCAAGCUGUCCAACACUCCUCCUGCAGAGAGGGGGCAGCACCUGCUGGAGGCUCUGAACAAAUACAAGAGCAG